AUGGACAUCGUACGAGAUAUCAAUAUCGAGCAUUCUGGCCUCUCCUAUAAGCAUGUCAAGGUACAAGGACCCUCUAAUGCACAGCAGAAACGACAUUUUUCUUAUACGUGCGAUUUGGAUGGAUCCGGGGUAACCAAACGGCGACUGGGGUGGGGCGAGACAGUAGGCAGCACAUCACCACGUUUGGCUGCAGAAACCGUUAAAGUAGCACAGAUUAACCCAACAGUUGUCAGAUCCACAGUGGGGAGUCGCGUGCAGGAAGCAACGCCUCAGCUUUCAGGAACUACGUCCGACCGAGACCGGUCUCCACAAUAUCUCCCCACAACGUCGUGUGCAAAUCUGGAACAAGCCGUGGCAGUAGACGACGAUGGCAGUGUAGCGUUACCGGAAAUUUGCACAAAUCUUAGCAGCACCGGCAGCACGCGGUAUCUGCGUGCAUUGAAAAUUCAGCGGCAGCAUUCAAAGUCCGAUUGCAUACAAGACGGUGCAGACACCGCAUUUGGCCAAACACCUGGUUCGUUUGCCCACGACACUAAUAGCUACCGCAAACAACAGCAUUCAGACAACACUGAUAAUACUAAUAAUCACAACAGCGGCAGUGGCAGUGGGAACGGCAAUAACGAUAAGAAUUAUACCAAUGGCAGCAAUGAAAACAGCAACAAUGACAGCAAUAAUAACAAAAACAGUAACAACAAUAACAACUCCAACCCCAACGACAACUCGCAAUCCGUCACACAGACUUCCAGUCAGACGAGUCAGGCACUCGUGCAGAAAUUACAAGACAUUUACCGCAGCAUCGUAAAGCAAGAAGUUGAACUUCAAGAACGAUGCUCGCAACUGACAUUUUCUCAAACUACUGAUCUAAAAAAUUUGUGGGUCAUUUACAAAGUCAAUGCGGAGCUCAUCAACAACUACGUCGCUUUCAUAACAACCGCCUUGCUUCCAAGCCAGCCGGAACGAGAUUCCAUGAUAGGUCAAGAGAUUGUGAACAUCUACCGCAUCGAACGCAGAUUAUGGGUCCAUGGAACCAUCACUUUUCUUGAUGUGCUCAAAAACUUCUCCAAUUUUAUGGACCCCGAGGUAUGCUGCCAGUUCAUCACACAUGUAUUCAACUCGAUCUCCAACAUGCUUUGUGACAUGCCCCCUAAGCAUGCAACGCCCUGGCUGGAAAGACUGGGAGACCUCUCUCGAAUGGCAAUCGCGCUAUAUCCGUCAGGCUUCAUUGACUGGAAAAUUAGCGCGGAACAUUGGUAUACCCAAGCACUCGCGUGCAUUUAUGGGCAUGGUAAACUGUAUUAUCAUAUGUCCACCGUUCAACAAAAUACCUUGGAGGCAUUCGUCAACUUAGGGAAAAGCGUUUUUUGUCGGGACACCUUUAUUCCUUCUCAACAGUAUAUGCAGCUCGUCAUUGAUAACAUUUAUCAAAGGGCUUUUGCCGAGAGAAAUGUGGGUAAUCAAAGGAACUCGCUCAUGGUUGACUAUCUCAAACACAGCGAAGUGAUGCUGCUCUCGAGCUUUCUCGAGAGCCCGGAGUUGCAAAAAGUUGUAUUGACAUUUUUUCAACAUAAAUUCGGCCUUACCUCAGGCUCCAAGGACUUUUUCUGUCACCAAGAGAUGUUUUUACAAGAAGGAGAAAGCAUAAAAUACUUUUUCAGACAUGCUCCACUCUUCGCAGAGUCGCAUAUAUUACAACUGGUCGGCUUUGGGGAUCCCAGAAAUCCUUUUGCACUUCUAUUUGAGCUGCCUAAAUUUUUGAAAGAAAGAAAAGAGCGCAAAGAGAGGAGAAAGUCCAAAACUUCUGGCGUAAUAGAGGCUCCGCUGACGGCCAGUCCUCACGACUUUUUGGAGAGCGUGGACUCUCCUAGAUACGCCUAUGAAUUUCCAAAUGACAUUGCUAUUUGGAAACAAUCCCUAAAUCAUAUCAACAUCACGUCCAUGAAAUGUAGCGCCAUUUUGCUAAGAAAUUUUUUGCAUGGUCCCCUGGUUGUAGGUGCUCCCCACCUUCUACCAUGGGCAUAUUUUCUCCUUUCUUUGGCUGUAAAAAUCGAGUCGUCGGCUAAUGACAGCCUGGAGAGUUUUUGGGUCAUCUUAAUCAGACGAACAUUCCCAUGGGAUAGUAUCGUCAAUUUUUUGAACAUGCUCAUUGCAUUUGCCCUCGACAAUGUUUCGAAGACAUCACCAAUAGAUACUUUGUGCGAGCAAUUUGACAGCGUGGACGUUAUGGCACUCGUGGAGCAUUUCAGUAGGAAUGAAGACCUGCCAGAGGUAUGGAAAUGUUGGGGAACAUUAUGGUUCGAUGUCUUAUCGAACAAAUCUGAAGCUAGCAGUGACAGCGUUCAAAAUACUGGCAUAAAGGACUUCUCUCUCUUGGAUGCCCCAAGUGAUGGGAUCGGCUUUGAUCAAGAGGACGAAACUGGUGAAAAAUUUUGGAAGCGUACCUGCCGCUUAAUUUUCAUUUUUAAGGGCAUUGCUCAAAAGUUCAAUUUUGGUUUGGCUCUAUCACCUGUUCCGGUUCAGUCUAGGCGCCCCCUGGUCGCGGGCCAUCCGCUCCAAAACUUUUCUUUCAAGUUUAGGGAAUUCUCUUCUUAUUCUGAAGACCAGCUCUUCGUGGCAGAUAUUGUGCCAAAUUUCGAAGAGAUCAGUGAGAAAAAUCUAGAUUUUGAAGCUCCUCCAAACCUGAGUAUGUUGGAAGGCGAGAGCAUUUUCGAUUUUCCCGGCUACAGACAACUUCACGCCGACUUCACAUGCAUCAAUAAAUCGGGCGGUCUCAUCACUUGCUCUCUAUACACGUCAGGCAACUUGGAAAAAGGACCGAUUCAAGGAGGAGACGAUUUCAAUACCGAGCGGUACAGUAAACAAGACGAUCGGACCAACGCUAAUGAAACACAGACAAGCGAGCUCGAUAGAUUGGAAAGAGAGUGGCUUGAUGCGUGCAUGGAUCCGGAUUAUUUCGAACAAACCUUCAACAACAAGUACCCGUAUGGAGAUCUGUCUUGCUUUUGCGAUAGUGGGGUGUCUUACUUCGUGCUCGAUGCAACUUCGUGGUUGCGUCAUUUCGCUCAUGUCCACAAGCUAGCAAUAAACGGUCUUCUUCGAUUUGCAAUAUGCCUCACUACGUUUCAAGAGCUUCGUUUCCUGAGGAAGUCGAAGGACGAAAGCGUCGUAGAGGCCGCCACUCGUGCAGUCAUCACGGUUAGACAACUUUACAAUGAAAAGCGAUUACUGCCUUUGCGUUUUACUGGCAACGUCGCAACGCAUUUGGAAGAGCAUUUGGAGUUUGAAGAACAGAUUACCUGGCGCUCUCACGUUGAUGAGUUUGUUAUUGAAGCAGUUUACAAAGCUCAGAAAAAGUUUGAAAGUCUCAACAGCCAGGCUAGAGAGGCCGGUCACAAUUUCAUCGUUACUACUGAAGAGGAGCCGUUUCAUUUCGUUGCACUGGUAAGUGACGACACCAAUAUGCGUCUCAAAGCGCACUCGCAAAAGAUAAGAACUUUUAGCAGCAGAUUUAUGUUCGCGGUUUCUAACCAGAUCGGAUUUGCACAACAUGCAUGUACAAAUUGA